AUGAACAGCCCAUCACCCGCUGCAGGCCCUUGCUCUCCAGCAGUGGACAACUCAUCGCCUGGUGGGCGCACAGCGAGGCGGCCUAUCGGAAAGGCAAAGCAGCGCCGCGCAGCCACAGAUCCCCUUGGCGUACAUCUCUAUCGAAAAAGCGAUCCCGUGGACUCGUGCAGCGCCCAAGACAGCCAUCACCAGCCCGUCCUGCGCGUCCUGCCCAUCGUCACACCGGGGUCACAGGCCCAGCAGCAAAUAAAAUAUGAUCUCGAGACGGCGGUUCUUGCGGUGUUUUGGCUGAGCAUCUCGCAAAAUACGAAACGUCGUUCACAUGCCCGAAAUAGGCAAUGCCCAGUCACGUGA